GGAAAGGACAACACAGAGGGCCAGGGAAACAAGAUUUGGCUCCAGUUGUCCACGCUGGGAAAGGGAAUCUGUACUGCUUGGAAGCACUGAGUAGUGAAACGAGAAGCACUCCCAUGUGAGCGUUCUGCCCCAAUUUGUCCCUGUAGAACAUUCUUCAGAAAUGCUGGAAGACACCGGAGACAGAGCCCUCUGGGCUGGCUGUUCUAGGACUUCCUGGACACGAUUCUUCUGGUCGGAUGUGGGCAGACGAGGGAGGACAGUGGUGGUGGGAUGCAGCUCUUGGGCAUACUCCAGUUCUGUCUGCUCUUAGACGCUGGAAUACAGAGCCCUGGCCUGUAUGCCAGGAACAUCUGCUCCUCCUGUCAUAAAGCAUCCUUAGCAACCACCCAGCCUAGGUCACAGAUGGGGAGGACAGAGACCCCUGUCCUUGAUGGUUCCUGGUACAUUCUGUUCUGAAGACAUUCAGGCAGGAAUUGCAGCUAAGGGGUUUGAACCUCAGCAUCCUCAGCAUGGCUGUAUCAUACCGGGAGCCGCUCUCUGAGAUGGUGGGAAAGCGCAUGGUGGUCACAGGUCCAGACUACAUAAAAGAUCACUUGGCUAAAGUUCACCAGCAUACCACCUAUAUAGGAGAAAAGCGCCCAGCACUAGAGAAAACUGGAGAUCUCAAGUAUUUAUGGAGAUCUGCCCUAAACCGGAGCCUACCAGCAAAAUAUAAACAUGAGUAUGUUGGUGAAGUUGGAUGGGGGAUACCAGAGUACAGUUUCAUCAACGGAUCAAGACUGGAGAGUGGCUUUCACAUCAAGGCUGGAGAACUAAGUUGUUGGCAGACCGACAAACUAAGCCACCGUUAUCAAAACCCAUGGCAACCGAGGCCUUCAGUCCUGGAUAAGCAGAGAGGAUACAGUCGUGGCUUUCUUGCCUGGAAUAUGAGUGAUUACGAAGACUCUGAACAGAGACACUCCAAAAGGGCUCUUCUUGUUCAAGAGAGUAAAUCACCAAGGCCCGUUCUGCCCAUCAAGCUGCCCAAGCUGCCAAGGAAGGAAGAGAAGAAAAGGAAACUCAAGAUCCAGAGUAAGAAAAAAUCAGAGUGCUUCUAGGAAAAAAGAUCAUAAUUGCCCUGAGUACUUCUGCUACCCCUGGGGACAGACAUCCUAUCCUGCAAGAGCAUGCUUCAGUUAAGGGCCAAAUAAAGACUUAUAUGAAAGGCAUUGCCAGUUUUUACACCAUAAUAUUGUCUGUCACUGACACAUACCAAUAAAUACCUGUUUCCUGGUA